AUGUUUUCAUAUUGUACACAAAACGGAUCGACCGGAAUAAUCGUUUUGGUCGCUGUUCUACUGGCAGCGUCGUUUGACUGUGCCACCGCAAAGCCGCAAAGACUGAUCUGCUAUUACACAAACUGGAGUCACGCACGUCCCGGAGAAUACGCUUACCAGAUAGAGGACAUUCCGGGCAAUUUGUGUACGCAUGUGGCGUAUGUGUUCGUUGGUUUGAAUGAAACUACAUCACAGAUUGCGUCGCUCAAACCAGAGUACGACGAGGGCCAGAAUGGAUUCGCGAGGUUUCGUGACCUGAAGAUAAGUUUUCCUCAUCUUACGCUCAUAGUUUCCGCUGGGGGUUGGACACACGGUGGAGAACCGUUUAGUAAAAUGGCUGCUUCAAGACAAACUCGGCUACAGUUCACCGCUAGCGUUGUAGCGUUUAUGGAGCAGCACAGUUUGGAUGGGUUUGAAAUUGUUUGGCUAUGGCCGGGUGCUCACGAGCGUGGUGGAAGUCCAGCAGAUAAGGACAAUUUUUAUUACCUCGUAAAAGACUUGCAGGAUGCGUUCCGCCGUGCGGGCAAAGGAUGGGAAAUUUCUAUACAGGUACCGGCGGAUCAAGCACGAGUAACCGUUGGUUAUCAACAGCAGUGGUUGUGCGAAGCUGCCGACUUUAUACACCUGGCCGGGUAUGAUUUACGUGGUCCGUGGACGGGACAUGCAGACGCGCACAGCAUUCUAAGGCCAAGAUCGCACGAUCGCGACUAUUUCUACACGUUCAACAUACAACAUGCGGUAGCGUCUUGGCAGAGCAGAGGUUGCAGACCCGAACAGAUCAUAGUGGGUCUCCCAAUGUACACCCGCACUUACACCCUUAAAAACUCGACUAUCACAAAACCCGGUUCGGAGACAGUUGGUCCAGGGGAGGUGGGUCCCGUAACGAAAGAUCCAGGACUGUUGGCUUAUUUUGAGUUGUGCGAGUUGUUGAAGGACAACGAUUGGACGGCAGGGUGGGACCAAAUGGCACAGGCUCCGUAUGUAUACCGAGGUAAUCAGUGGGUCGGGUACGAGAACGAGGAAUCGUUGGAAGUGAAAACGAAAUUUAUUCAAUCGUUCGGCCUGGGCGGCGUUUAUGCUUACACGCUGGAUUUGGAUGACUAUCGUGGGAAGUGUGGUGAGCAGUAUCCGCUUUUGCGUAGUCUGCACGAGACUAUAAAACAGAAGGAUGAAGACAUUGAUUUUGCCAUUUUUCGAGAGUAG